UCAGUGUUGAAGCUCUGUGUUUAAAGCAUGAUUUAGACUCACUUAGCCUUGUGUCUCUGGUUCUUCGGAGGUUCUUAGUCUCUGGAUGAGCGAAAAGUGUUUCCUCUAUCACUAUAUUUCUUUCUCUUCUUGCGAGCCAGAGUCACAUGUCUGACUCUUGAGCAGCUCUGUGUUCGUCAUUUUUUGAUUGGCAAUAGAUACGUUGUACAUAGCUUCAGUUUUGUGCCGGUAAAGUAAGCAUUAAGUUAGUUCUUGGAUUUGGAAGAUUUGAGAUCGGAAAUCAGCUUGGCUUAGUUGUGUUUUCUUUCCUGAUCUAUGGAAAGCAUGAGGUUCGGAAUUUUUUGAAGUCAGUGUGUUCCUUGCAUUCUUUGACGAUGAUAGUCGAGAAUUCAGUGAUCUUCAUUCCAUGAUUCUUCUUAAUGACUCUAGCUCUUCUUUUGUUGAUGCAAAGCAUGAAAGCAGUUAGAGGCUUCUACAGAGUGUUAGAAUCUGUGUCGGCUUUUAAUUUCUUUUACCUUUUGCUUUAGCAGACUUUAUACACUUCUCCUUCAUUACUCUAGAUUCCUUA